AUGGCGCCCACUCGCCGCCGGCCAAGCAUGGGCCGGCAGAAGAUAGCGAUCAAGCGGAUCGACAGCGAAGAGGCCCGCCAAGUCUGCUUCAGUAAGCGCCGGGCUGGGCUUUUUAAGAAGGCCAGCGAACUUUCGGUACUGUGCGGAGCCCAAGUUGCCGCCGUCGUCUUCUCCCCGGCCGGUAAGGCGUUCUCCUUCGGCCACCCUUCCGUCGACGUCGUCGUCGACCGCCUCCUCGCCACCCUCGCCGCCAACAACACUCCCGGAGCCGCCGCCGCCGCCGCUUCUUCUCUGGGGGCAGAGGAGCAGCAGACGCUGCUGGAGCUGAACAGGGAGUACGGGGAGCUGAGGGCCAUGAUGGAGAAGGAGAAGCUCCGCAAGGAACGCGCGGAGGCGGAGACGAAGAGGCUUCUGGCGGAGGGGAGUUCCCCGGCCGCCGCGUGGCUCGACGCCGACCUCGGCGACCUCUCGGAGGCCGAGCUCCUCUCCUUCCAGGCGUCGCUAAUGGAGGUGCAGCGCCAGGUCCAGAUCCGCGCCGACGGCGUGCUCCGGGAGGCACUCAACGCCGACCGCAACGCCGCCGCCGCCCGCAUCAUGGCGCCUCCUGCUCCGCCUCUCGCCAUGCCCGGAGGCUUCGCCAACAGCGUCUACGAGGUCGGCGGCUCUUCUUCCAAUGGCGGCGGCUUCGUCAACAACAACAAUGGCGUUGGAGGAGCCGUGGAGGAGAUGAUGAUGAACAACAUGCUGCAGCAGCAGAUGAACAUGAUGGAUCUCAUGGCGCCGCCGCCGGGAUUAAUGGGCCACCAACUUCCUCAGGCUACGCCCGGAAUGGGCUUCCAGGAGACCAUGGAUCUCCCGCCGCCGGAGUUCGGCCCCGACGGAGGCUUCUUCGGCCCACCGCCCUACUGAUCGUCGUCGUCGUCCAAGAAGAAGAAGAAGAAGAAGAAGAGAAGAGAUCUACAUGCAUGCAUGCGUGCAUGGACGGCGAGAUCGAAUGCCACGUGGCUGGCAUCGAUGUGUAUCUUUAAUUUCUGUUAAUGAAGUUAUUACUCAGUAGGUUUUACUUAUGGUAUACACACCUUUUGUACUGUAUCCUUCCAUUUAUGGAUCGGAAGACUAGUAUUUCUAUUAA